GCGACUGUUCUUUGUAGCUGAAUGUAAUGAAGAAGAUGCCUUCUGCUGCCACCAUCGUUGUGUUUUUGCUCUCCUUCUUCUCCAUCGUCUCCACAGGCUCUCAGGAUGAUUGUGUGUACGCUGCAACAGGCUCAAGCUUUACUGUGUCACUUAGAUAUGAAUUAAAGGAAUCAGAGAGCCUGAGAUGGCGCAAGGACACAAGGGUAAUCUUUUAUCGCAGACAGAAACAGGUGAUCGAAGGGAAAAAUUAUGAGGUUGAUUCAGCUGGAUCACUAAAGUUGACACAACUGGCCAAAGACAAGUCAGGACGAUACACCCCAGAGGUUAUCAAUGAAGAUGGACUAAAUGUGGGGGGAAAUUUACCAAGUGUGCGUUUAUGUGUAUUAGACCGGGUGCAGAAGCCCACCGUAAUGAUGACAUGUACAGAUAAUGGACGUGUCAAUUUUACUUGCAGUGUUGGUCACAAUGAGACGAUCACAUGGUUUAUGGGUGGUGAAAUGUUGGAAGAAAAAGGGAAGACGCUGACCAGAGUAGCCAAAGAUGUGCUAAAUGCUAAUUUCUCUUGCAAUGUUUCCAACCCCGUCAGCUCUGAGAUCAGUCCGCCUGUUCAACAAAACUGCUAUAAGCCUGUGCAGAAACCCCACGUGACGGUGAACUGUACGGGCGAGUCCGAAGUUACAUUUACGUGCUCUGUUAGUCAGAAAGACAAUAAUCUGGAAUUUAAAUGGUUUAACGAGUAUAACAAGCCACAGGGAUCAGGGGAGACACUUACAAGGAAAACCGUCGAUGUGGUAAACACCAACUUCUUUUGCAAUGUUUCAAACUCCAUCAGCUCUGAGAUCAGUGACCCUGCUGUACAAAAGUGCUCAAAACCCUCUUUUCCUAAUGAAUUAUUUGGAAUUAGCAUCUGGGUUUUCAUAGGAGGCGGAGCAGGUCUUCUUAUUUUGGUGAUCGUCACUGCCACCGUUUGUUGCGUCCGGGCCAGACGAAAAAGACGCAUAUGAUAAACAGUAAAUAUGGCAGGUCAGAAAACUUUGUUUGCAGUGGACGAAUCAAGAACAGCAACAGCAUCACCUUCAGCAGAACCACUUGACAAAACCACUAUAAACAACAGCAUGUUCAGCAGAGUCCCAGAGCCAUACUUCUGUGCAGCCUGUGGUCUGAAGACAGACAACAGGAAACAGGAUAUGAUAUAAACACCAUUCAAUCUGAGUGCUGAGGUGACGUGAUGUUUGCAGGACGCCCACAGAGUUUCAUUUUGAUGUUUGUCAGGUUCAUUAUGAAUGUACAAAGAAAAUUAUAGAUUACAGGAAUUUAACCCUAAAUGGGUGGGUAAUUUAACGAUCAUUCAGUGAUUAGAUCAGAAAUGCAAACCUUAUUAUGAUUGUCAGUGAUAUGUAAAACUAAUGUAUUGUAUUACAACAUCUCCUGAUUUGUAAUUUUGUAAGCAGACCUUCACAAAGAAAUAUUGUUUAUGCUAUAUGUGUUAAUGCUUUUGUUUAGGUCUUUCAUUUUGGAGGAAAUAAGCUUCAGUCUUUUUUGCUUGGCAGGUUCGUGCUGUAUAUUGUUAAUGAGAGCGACAAUUCAGGAUUUUAUUAGUAUCUGUUGUGCAUUUGUCUUUGUUCUGAUUUGGAGAUUUUCAGGAUGUUUGAACCACAUGCUGGACAAGGAAUUAACCAUGAAAUUAAAGCUAAAUGAUAAAAAUAUUUUUUUCUCAAAGAAAAAAACUUGAUUCCCUCCCUGGGAUGAUGGGCGUGGUGCAGCUAAAAGGAUCUCUAAAGAUAACAAGUCUGAGGAAAAAAUACUUGAUUAAACUACAUCAUUGUGGUUUUCAGUGAAUACAGAGCUGUAGGAAAGAAUUAAGAAUUAAAAAUUAAGAACAGAAGUGUGUGUUUUGGUUAAACUAAGAGCAGAAUAGAUUUAUUGUGGUCAUGUGAAUACGAAUAUUUCUCUUAAAAUCCCUCUUUAUGCCUCACCAAAAAUAAAAGUAAUAAGUCUAUUCACUUGGACACUUUUCACCAUAUUAACUUAU